ACUGAUGGAGCAGAUCUGCCCCCAUCCCUCUUUACAUAGUCCCAGUGUUUGCUCCCUCGAUGGUGCCAGCUUGGCACAGGUGCAUGAGCGUGGUCUGCAGGCUGGGACCUAACCCUAACCCUAAUCCUAAACUAACCCUAACCUUAAACCCAGCAGCGAUAAUAAAAGGUCAGCUUUCAGAGGGAUCAACGGCCCCACGAGCCUUAAGGCUAGCAAAGGGAGAGAUGGAGGGUAGGUAAAAUUCAGAUCGGCCUAAAUUGCUUAGGAAACUGAACCCACGGACUGUCUCUUUGGAGAGCUGCUGAGCUCGUGGGAUGGGCUCAUUGGGUUUAGUUCCUCACCCUUCGUGUGUGUUUGUGUGAGCGUGACCUGAAGUUAGCAGAGCAGAAGGGAGCUCGAAGUUUCAGUUAUGUUUUGUUGAAUUUUGUUGGCAUUUCCUUGGAAAGGAACAACAAAGGAAAGCUGGGUAGAGACGGUGGUGUGUCUCUCCAUCCCGGCAUGUGUUUGGGAUGUAUAUGGGAACCAGGAGCAGGGAAGCAGCCCCAUCUACCUCUGGCUCCCAGGAUGCAGCCCCUAGGAUUGGGAACCUCCCUGGCAUCAGCCUCUGCACACUCUGAUGUUAGUCCUUUAUAACGUGCUCAGCAUGGAAAUUACACUCUCCCAAGCUGCAAGCUGUGAAUGUUGCUCCAUGAAGUAAAUGUCAGUGAAGCAGAAACUGGAUAAAGUCCUAAAACUCUUCCAAGUUUCUGAAGGGGACUGGACUAAUUGGCUCAAGACUAGCUGUUGAUAUGGGAAUAUAAAAGCUUUGCCCCUGUUGAUUUGGCCAGACUGGAGAAAAUAUGGCAGCAUUUCCAUCACCAGGAUGAUGGGAUCCUGUAGGGAUCUUUGCAAGCUGCUUCAGUGCCCUGCCAGCAAAGCAGGUCUCCCCUUUUCAUUGAAGCCCAUAGCCUUGUAGGGGCUGAAGAUCUGCUUGCAUGUCUUCAUCCGGAUCUGUUUUAUGGGAUUGGAAAGUGCAAAUCACAGCUAUGGAGACAAGCAUUUUAAGUGACAUGGCACAGCUAGGCUAUUUGCACAAAAGAGCACAGAAGAUACUCACCAGACUUUUCCUUCCUUACGCUAAAAUGCUGCCAAUAACGAAUCUGCAGCACUGGCAAGGGAGGAGCCAGUUUCCAGGACACUGCCCGACCUGGUAAAACUGCUUUAAAUGAGAGGAGCUGAUGCAUCAAUGAACAUGCACUAAAUGACGUUGCCCUUUACCAGUUUUUUUCUGACGCGUGCAGCAUGACAGAGCUCCACGAAGCCGUGGCUGUGGGGGACUAUGACCUGGUGAAAGAGCUUUUGAGGAAGGGGCGCUGUGACCCAAAUCACAAGGACGUGGACUGGAACGACAGGACCCCACUGCACUGGGCUGCUGCGAAAGAUCCAAACUCUGUUGAUGACAGAGUGUAUGCUGUUGAUGGAGGGCAGCUUAGAAAGGACAUCCCAGAAACAAACUCAGAAACAGGAAGGCAGCUUUUUGAGGGUGAUAUUAUCUUACCGCUGGAGAGGAACGCUCUAAGAAACAACUCCUACAGAUGGAAAUUUCCCAUCCCCUACAUCCUGGCUGGCAGCCUGGAUCUGAAUGCUAAAGGUGUUGUCCUGCAGGCAUUUGACAUGUUCAGGCUGAAGUCCUGCAUUGAUUUCAAGCCCUACGAAGGCGAGCAGACUUACCUGAAAUUUGAGAAGCUGGAUGGGCGCUGGUCUUAUGUGGGGGAUCUUCAGAGGGGCCAGACGGUGUCUAUAGGAGAGGGGUGUGACUAUAAAGCUAUAGUGGAACACGAGGUCCUGCAUGCCUUGGGAUUCUACCACGAGCAAUCCCGGACGGAUCGUGACGACUAUGUUCAGAUAUGGUGGGAUGAAAUUAUUGAAGGUUUUGCAUAUGCCUUUGACAAACACAAUGAUAGUUUCCUUGAUGAUCUCAAUACCCCGUAUGAUUAUGAGUCAGUCCUGCACUAUGGACCAUAUUCUUUCAACAUCAACAGCAAUGUCCCUUCCAUUACAACAAAAAUUCCUGAAUUUAAUGAGAUUAUUGGGCAGAGGUUGGACUUGAGCAGGAUUGACUUACUGAAGCUGAAUCGCAUGUACAACUGCACUUCGAGCCUCACCUUCUUGGACCAGUGCUCCUUUGAAUACAUCAAUAUCUGUGGGAUGGUGCAAAGUGGACAAGAUGAUGCUGAUUGGGACCACAUAUUGGGCAGAUCAGGAGAAGAAGACCAUACUUUGGUGGGAAACUGUGCAGACAGAGGAUAUUUCAUGCGCUUCGAUACAAAACUGGGACAUGCUGGUCAGGCAGCUCUUCUGGAAUCUCGCAUCCUUUAUCCUAGGAGGAAAGAGAAAUGCCUUCAGUUUUUCUACAGGUUAAACGGAAGUCCACAAGAUAAACUAGUAAUCUGGGUUAAGAAAGAUGAUGGAACUGGAAGUGUUAGGAGGAUGGAAAAGCUGCACACUAUUACAGCCGAUGGAGAACAUCACUGGAAAUUGGCCAACAUUCCCUUCAGUGUCCAAACCAAAUUCCGCUACGGUUUUCAGGGCAUCAGAGGAGAUCCAGCCACGUCUGCAGGCGGGAUUGCCAUCGACGACACCAGCCUGACGGAGACAAACUGCCCCACCAACAUCUGGCACAUCAGGAACUUCACAUCCCUUUUUAACUGGACAUCAAAAGGCGAUUACAUCGCGAGCCCCGUGUUUUACAGUUCGGAAGGCUAUGCUUUUGCUUUGCAGCUGUAUCCUCAUGGGAGAAAUUCAUCGCCCUACGUGAACUACACGGGGAUCACUUUCCACCUCUGCAGCAGUCAGAAUGACGGCCUUCUGGAAUGGCCGGCCGGCCACAGACAGGUCAUCUUGUCUGUUCUGGAUCAAGACCCUGAUGUAAUUCACAGGAUGUCCCUCAGCCUUAGCUUUACUACAGACCCAAAGCAGCUAGUGUACGGCAGAAAUGACACCCUGCAGUGGGACAAGCCAUCUAUCACGGGAAGUUUCUCUUCUGCCUGCAACUGUUACAUGAGCCCAGGUGUUGGCUGGAAUACGUUCCUGACACACAGGGAGCUGCACUGGAAAAAAUUCCUCAAAAAUGAUGAUCUUUUCAUUUUUGCUGAUUUUGAAGAUCUCACUCCUCUGAUUACAACUGAAGUUCCAGUCCGUCCUUGAAGUGCUCUCAGCCUCUUCACUACAAGUACAAGCAGUCAUUCAUGACAGA